AUGGUAGUGAUAAUGGUAGUGAGAUGGGUGUGGAAGAUGGUGAAGUGGCUGUGGCUAAACCCUAAGAGGUUAGAGAAGCUGCUCAGAGAUCAAGGCCUCCAAGCCAAUCCUUACAGAUUCUGGGUUGGCGACUUAGCCAAAAUGGUUAACAUGCAAGAACAAGCCAAAUCCAUGCCCCUACAUCCUCAUCCUCAUGAUCUUGUUCCUCGUAUCUCUCCCUUUGUUCACCACACAGUCACCAAAUAUGGGAAGAAUUCAUUUAUGUGGUAUGGACCGACACCAAGUUUGAUCCUUACGAAUCCAGAGCAAAUAAAGGAGGUGUUCAACAAGUACCAUGAAUUCACAAGAGGUCACAUGAAUCCUCUUAUGUAUUAUUUAUCCCCUGGACUAGUAACAUACGAGGGUGACCAGUGGGCCAAACUCCGAAGAAAGAUGAUCAAUCCAGCCUUCAGUCUGGAUAAACUCAAGGCUUUGAUUCCAACAUUUGCCCAGAGCUACAACGGCAUGAUAAGAGAAUGGGAAAAGAUGGUGUCUUUAUCAGAUGAUGGAACAAGUGAAGAAGUGGAUGUAUGGCCUUGGUUUUCAAACAUGUCACGUGAUGUGAUUUCGAAAGCGGCAGUUGGAAGUAGCUACGAAGAAGGCAGACAAAUAUUCGAUCUUAUAACAGAACAAACUCAACUUGUCUCGUAUCACCAACACAGAUAUUACCUUCCGUUUUGGAGGUUCGUACACGCCAAGGACAAAAGAAGGAUGGAGGGAAUUGAUAGAACUGUGAAUGAAUCACUGAAGGGUAUUAUCCAGAAGAAGGAGAAAGCCCUCAAAGCUGGUGAAGCCACAAAGAAUGACAUAUUGGGAAGACUCAUAGAAUCCAAUCUCAAAGGCACUACUGAAUUGAGUAUGAUGGAUUUGAUCGAGGAAUGCAAGUUGUUCUACUUUGCAGGCCAAGAAACAACUUCCACUUUCCUUGUUUGGACUAUAAUGCUGUUGAGUAGACACCUUGAUUGGCAAACACGUGCAAGGGACGAAGUUCUGCAAGUUUUUGGCAAACAAACACCAGAUUUUGAUGGGCUAAGUCGCCUCACGAUUGUGAACAUGAUCUUAUACGAGGUUUUGAGGUUAUAUCCACCAGCAACAUAUACAGACAAAUUAGCUGAGAAAGACAUGAAACUUGGGAACUUAUAUGUACCUGCUGGAGUUCAAAUUUACAUACCACUACUGAUGCUUAAUCAUGACCAAGAGACGUGGGGGAGUGAUGCCAAGGAAUUUAAACCAGAGAGGUUUCGUGAAGGAAUCUCGAAGGCAGGGAAAGGGAAUUCCGUUGCAUUUUUCCCGUUUGGAUGGGGCCCUCGAAUUUGCAUUGGACAAAACUUUGCCUUGUUUGAAGUUAAGACGGCUCUCUCUUUGAUUCUGCAGCGCUUUUGGUUUGAGCUUUCUCCCUCAUAUUCUCAUGCUCCUUCCCUUGCCAUGGCUAUGAGGCCAAAGCAUGGGAUUCAUGUCAUUCUACACAAACUCGAAUCAUAA